GAAAUAAUAUUCGCACAGAUCAGUUUGUUUACGUUCAUUAACGAUAACGGACAGUUAUAAGAUUGAUUCUCGCUUCAGUUUUCAUUAGUUGCCAGAAAAAUGCAUUUAUUCUAUUUUCAUAUUUAUCUAUUGGUCGUGCUAUUGCCGAAUUUCAUCGUGUGUGCUUUGUACAAAAAUUUAAAAGUCGCCUGUAAAACGGAACAAGGAUUAAAUGUUGACUGGUAUUAUUUGUAUAAAUUGCCUAAACAUUACACGUCGGAUAAUAGAUCAAAGACAGAAUUGAAAGGAUAUGAUUAUAUGUUUGCGACAAGUGAUGAGCAUGAAAAUUGGCAAUUUUCCGAACACAAGAUUAAUAUGCCAACUUCAAUGCCAGCAAAAACUAUGGUAGAUUUAUUUGAUGAUGCGUCGGUGCUGCUAAUUGCUUAUAAUGAUGAAUAUCCUAAUGGUACUGUUAAAAGUGGGGGUGGUCAUGCAAAAGGUGUCUUGGCCACAGAUGGGGUAACGGGUUUCUGGUUGAUCCAUUCAGUACCCAAAUUUCCAUCCAUACCGUAUUAUUUAUAUCCGGCUACUGGUUCAAUAUAUGGACAAAGCUUUGUGUGCAUAACUUUCUCAGCUUCAGAGGUGGAAAAAAUUGCUAAACAACUUUUAGUAAAUGCGCCAAAUAUUUAUUUUCAACGAGUGCCAUCGAGAUUGACAGGUAAAUUUCCCCUAUUGGAAUCGGUCAUCGAUAAGAAAUGGAAUCGCACAGAGCCUUACUAUAGCGUUCUGGAUAUUAACUCAUUGGAGAAUGUGCAUUUUAAAUCAUUCGCUAAAUCCGCUAAAUAUAAUCAAGAACUAUAUGAAGAUCUAAUGGCCCCUGAACUGGGAAGCAAUUUACUCGUGGAGUCAUGGCGUAACGGCGGCGGUAAUAUUGCCUCGAAUUGCAGCCUGGGACAAAAGGUUUAUAAUAUUCAGGAGAUUAAAGGUGAUCCGAGAUCUUUAGCUUUUCGAUCAUCUCAAGAUCACUCGAAAUGGGCCGUUUCACAGAGUACCGGAUUCAAACUAUUUCAUUGGCGUGUUGGCGGCACAUCGCCCAAUUGGAUAUGCGUGGGUGAUAUUAAUCGGCAACAGGGUCAGCUUAACCGUGGCGGCGGCCAACUAUGUCAAAAAAAUAAAAUCAUUUCCAGACUAUAUAGUUCUUUAAUUAACGAUUUUGAAAGUUGUUAAAUUAUUUAGUUGAUAAGGAAAUCAUUUUUUUUUUUUUUUGUCCUUUAUGAAUACAUUGAAUGAAUUUACUUUAGACGAUAAGCAAAAAAAUGUCAUUGCAACAUUUUUUCUAAUAAGGAUAAUCAUUUAUGUAAUUUUAUCAUAAUUCGUUAUUAAUUCAUUUUUAAUAAUAUAGUUUAAGUUUAUCGUUUUUAAAAACCUAAUUUAUUUUUAAUAAACCAUGAAAUACAUCAA